AUGGCGGAAGCAACAGCCGAUGUACCUGGCGUGAAACAGCCUACGUGGUACCCGCCGCGUCCCAUCGCAGGUCUAACUGAAUACUGGGCUAAACACUAUCCCCUGCGCUUGUAUAACAGCAUGACACGGUCUAAGAACGCUUUUGUACCCAUGCAAGGCAAGCGCGUGCUUUGGUACAUGUGCGGUCCCACGGUAUACGACCAGACACAUCUAGGCCAUGGUCGUACGUAUACGUGCUUUGAUUACGUCCGUCGCAUCCUUGAGGACUAUUUUGGCCUGGAAGUGGAGCUUGUCAUGAACAUUACCGACGUCGAUGAUAAGAUCAUCUUGCGUGCUGCGGAAACCGGCUGGAUCAAGGCCAAUCCAGGGAAAAAUCUUCCCCUCGAUAAGGAUGAAAAAGCCAAGCUUGUCAUGAAUUGGGCAGCUCAGCAGCCUACCGAGGACAACAUGCGCCGUAUGAGGGAGCUGUCCAAAUUUUGGGAGAAAUCUUUUCUGGACGAUAUGGCUGCGCUAAAUAUCAAGACUCCCACGGUUGUCACGCGCGUUAGCGAGUACGUGCCCGAGAUUGUCGAGUUUGUUGAGGGAAUAAUGAAGAACGGUUUUGCAUACGAAAGCAAUGGUUCCGUUUACUUUGACACGGUGGCUUUUGGACGAUCUGGGGGCAAAGCGUACGGCAAGCUUCUACCUGAAAAUGUUGGUCAGUCGGAAUUACUCGCCGAAGGUGAAGGUGCACUAUCGGCUGGACAAUCUGACAAGCGUAAUGGUAACGAUUUCGCACUAUGGAAAAAGUCGAAAAGCGGUGAGCCUUUUUGGUCCUCGCCUUGGGGUGAGGGGCGUCCUGGUUGGCACAUAGAAUGUUCGGCCAUGGCAAGCGAUACCGUUAAACACUUGGCUGGCGGCAAGAUUGAUGUUCACUCGGGUGGAAUUGAUUUACGCUUUCCACACCACGAUAAUGAAAUCGCACAGUCGGAGGCGUACUUUGACUUUUCGCAGUGGGUUAAUUAUUUCGUGCAUACGGGUCACCUAAAUAUUGAGGGAUUGAAAAUGUCCAAGAGCCUGAAAAAUUUUGUCAAGAUUCAAGAAGCACUAAUGGACAAUACCCCACGUCAACUGCGCUUUCUGUUCUUGUUGCACAAGUAUAAUGUUCCCAUGGAUUAUAACGACAACUCCAUGGAUGAGGCCGUUGGUGUCGACCGUUUUUUUACAGAGUUUUUUGCUAAUGUGAAGGUACGUCUGCGAGAACUUGGGGUCGAAAAGACUCAAAAAUGGACUUCUGUAGAGAAGGCGUUGCACGGUGCUCUGCUUGACUGCAAGGAGAAGGUGUUUCGCGCACUUUGUGACGACAUCAACACUCCAUUGGCACUUUUGCAAUUACAGCAGUUGGCUAAAGAGAUUAAUCGCUACAUGGCCGGUGAUAUUAAUUCACAGGUCUCUAUGCUUAUUCGUGCCAGCGCUGAGUAUAUCACACACAUGUUAUCGAUUUUUGGUUUAGUCACUUCGGCCACGGACAUUGGUUUGCCACUAAGCUCAGGUGCUUGUGGUCAUUCCGACCAAGAGACUAUUCUUAGGCCAGUUCUCGAUAUCUUUGCACACUUUCGUGAUGAAAUUCGUGAGGCUGCUCGCUCUGCAUUUGUGGAAAAUGGUGAUGCAAAGGAACUUUCAGGAGUUGUGCUACGAUUGUGUGAUGUAGUCCGUGAUGAAAAGUUGCCGCACGCAGGUGUCCGUCUGGAGGACCGCUCUGCUGGUGUCGCUAAGCGAUUGCGAUUGGUUGAGGAGGCCAAAAAGAAGGCAGAGCUGGCGGACAAAAGUAGGAUUUCACCUCAAGAAAUGUUCUUAGAUAUGAAAGACAAGUACUCCAGGUUUGACAACGACGGUCUACCGACACACAAUAAUGCAGGCGAGCCGUUGAGUAAGGGGCAAAUGAAGAAGUUGGCAAAGGAGCAAGCCAAGCAAAAGGCCCUUCACCAGAAAUACAACAGCAACUAG